GCCCAACAGCAUCCUAACUGUGUUCUGUCUCGGUCCUGCAGGCCCGACAGCAUCCUCAGACUGAGGUUGGACCACUUUGCUACAGAGUGCAGCUGGGACCACCUGUAUGUCUACGAUGGGGACUCUAUCUACACCCCUCUACUGGCUGCCUUCAGGUGGGUACAGGGAGGACGGGGGUGGUGGUGGUGGUGGUGGUGGGUACAGGGAGGACGGUGGUGGUGGUGGUGGUGGUGGUGGGUACAGGGAGGACGGUGGUGGUGGUGGUGGGUACAGGGAGGACGGUGGUGGUGGUGGUGGUGGUGGUGGGUACAGGGAGGACGGUGGUGGUGGUGGUGGUGGUGGGUACAGGGAGGACGGUGGUGGUGGUGGUGAUUGUAGAUGGUGGUGGUGGUGAUUUUGUAUUUGGUGGAAGCACAGUUCCCUCUGCGGAAGCAUAGUUCCCGCUCAGCCCAGUCAAAACUGUUCGCUGCUCUGGCACCCCAAUGGUGGAACAAGCUCCCUCACGACGCCAGGACAGCGGAGUCACUCACCACCUUCCGGAGACACUUGAAACCCCACCUCUUUAAGGAAUACCUGGGAUAGGAUAAAGUAAUCCUUCUACCCCCCCUUACCCCACCCCAAAGAAAAAUAAUAAAAAUACAUAUUGUAAAGUGGUUGUCCCACUGGCUAUCAUAAGGUGAAUGCACCAAUUUGUAAGUCGCUCUGGAUAAGAGCGUCUGCUAAAUGACGUUAAUGUAAAAAUGUAAUGUAAAUGGUGUGAUUGUAGUUGGUGGUGGUGAUUAUAGGUGGUGGUGAUUAUAGGUGGGGUGGUGAUUAUAGGUGGUGGUGGUGGUGGUGAUUUAUAGAUGGGGGUGGUGAUUAUAGGUGGUGGUGGUGAUUUAUAGAUGGGGGUGGUGAUUAUAGGUGGUGGUGGUGAUUUAUAGAUGGGGGUGGUGAUUAUAGGUGGUGGUGGUGAUUUAUAGAUGGGGGUGGUGAUUAUAGGUGGUGGUGAUUGUAGUUGGUGAUGAUGAGCUGGACGAUGAUGAUGGUGGUGGGUUGGUUUGACCUUGUGUUGGGGUAAUAAGUGUUGUGACAGUGUAAUGUAUGAGAGAUGUGCAGUGGAGAGAGAGACGUGUUAUUCUGGGGUAAACCAGGAGUUGAUCAUAGACAUCUGCUCCUCACUGCUGUCUUCAAACAUUACAUAAACUGUGGAAUGUUUUGUCAACUUUGACGUGUUUUUAAUUGAACAUUUAUUAACCUGCAUGAUGUUGCUACGAGAUGUUGAUUUACCUGGGUAACGAGGAAUUAUGCAGGGUGUUGAUGGGUGUUGUCCGUCCUUGUUGCAGUGGGUUGAUAGUUCCUGAGCGCUAUGGCAACGAGACGGUUCCGGAGGUGGUGUCACAGUCCGGUUACGCCCUCCUCCACUUCUUCAGCGACGCUGCUUAUAACCUGACCGGCUUCAACAUCUCAUAUAGGUAACCCUUAACCCCUGACCUUAUAACCUGACCGGCUUCAACAUCUCAUAUAGGUAACCCUUAACCCCUGACCUUAUAACCUGACCGGCUUCAACAUCUCAUAUAGGUAACCCUUAACCCCUGACCUCUAUCCCCUGACCUUAUAACCUGACUGGCUUCAACAUCUCAUAUAGGUAACCCUUAACCCCUGACCUUAUAACCUGACCGGCUUCAACAUCUCAUAUAGGUAACCCUUAACCCCUGACCUUAUAACCUGACUGGCUUCAACAUCUCAUAUAGGUAACCCUUAACCCCUGACCUUAUAACCUGACUGGCUUCAACAUCUCAUAUAGGUAACCCUUAACCCCUGACCUUAUAACCUGACUGGCUUCAACAUCUCAUAUAGGUAACCCUUAACCCCUGACCUUAUAACCUGACUGGCUUCAACAUCUCAUAUAGGUAACCCUUAACCCCUGACCUCUAUCCCCUGACCUUAUAACCUGACAGGCUUCAACAUCUCAUAUAGGUAACCCUUAACCCCUGACCUUAUAACCUGACCUUAUAACCUGACUGGCUUCAACAUCUCAUAUAGGUAACCCUUAACCCCUGACCUUAUAACCUGACCGGCUUCAACAUCUCCUAUAGGUAACCCUUAACCCCUGACCUUAUAACCUGACCUUAUAACCUGACUGGCUUCAACAUCUCAUAUAGGUAACCCUUAACCCCUGACCUUAUAACCUGACCGGCUUCAACAUCUCAUAUAGGUAACCCUUAACCCCUGACCUUAUAACCUGACCGGCUUCAACAUCUCAUAUAGGUAACCCUUAACCCCUGACCUCUAUCCCCUGACCUUAUAACCUGACCGGCUUCAACAUCUCAUAUAGGUAACCCUUAACCCCUGACCUUAUAACCUGACCGGCUUCAACAUCUCCUAUAGGUAACCCUUAACCCCUGACCUUAUAACCUGACCGGCUUCAACAUCUCAUAUAGGUAACCCUUAACCCCUGACCUCUAUCCCUGACCUUAUAACCUGACUGGCUUCAACAUCUCAUAUAGGUAACCCUUAACCCCUGACCUUAUAACCUGACCGGCUUCAACAUCUCAUAUAGGUAACCCUUAACCCCUGACCUCUAUCCCCUGACCUUAUAACCUGACCGGCUUCAACAUCUCAUAUAGGUAACCCUUAACCCCUGACCUUAUAACCUGACCUUAUAACCUGACUGUUCAGCAUCUCCUACAGGUGAGUCUGGCCUCUCAGGGCCUCUCCUUAGUACCAGGUGAGUCUGGCCUCUCAGGGCCUCUCCUUAGUAACAGGUGAGUCUGGCCUCUCAGGGCCUCUUCUUAGUACCAGGUGAGUCUGGCCUCUCAGGGCCUCUUCUUAGUAACCAGGUGAGUCUGGCCUCUCAGGGCCUCUUCUUAGUAACAGGUUGAAAUCUUGGCCUCUCAGGGCCUCUCCUUAGUACCAGGUGAGUCUGGCCUCUCAGGGCCUCUUCUUAGUACCAGGUGAGUCUGGCCUCACAGGGCCUCUCCUUAGUAACAGGUGAGUCUGGCCUCUCAGGGCCUCUCCUUAGUAACAGGUGAGUCUGGCCUCUCAGGGCCUCUCCUUAGUAACAGGUGAGCCAGUCACUGCAGCAGGGCCUCUUCUUAGAAACAGGUGAGCCAGUCGCUGCAGCAGCUCUUCUUAGUAACAGGUGAGCCAGUCGCUGCAGCAGGGCCUCUUCUUAGUAACAGGUGAGCCAGUCACUGCAGCAGGGCCUCUUCUUAGUAACAGGUGAGCCAGUCACUGCAGCAGGGCCUCUUCUUAGUAACAGGUGAGCCAGUCGCUGCAGCAGGGCCUCUUCUUAGUAACAGGUGAGCCAGUCGCUGCAGCAGCUCUUCUUAGUAACAGGUGAGCCAGUCGCUGCAGCAGGGCCUCUUCUUAGUAACAGGUGAGCCAGUAGCUGCAGGGCCUCUUCUUAGUAACAGGUGAGCCAGUCGCUGCAGCAGGGCCUCUUCUUAGUAACAGGUGAGCCAGUCGCUGCAGCAGGGCCUCUUCUUAGUAACAGGUGAGCCAGUCGCUGCAGCAGGGCCUCUUCUUAGUAACAGGUGAGCCAGUCGCUGCAGCAGGGCCUCUUCUUAGUAACAGGUGAGCCAGUCGCUGCAGCAGGGCCUCUUCUUAGUAACAGGUGAGCCAGUCGCUGCAGCAGGGCCUCUUCUUAGUAACAGGUGAGCCAGUCGCUGCAGCAGGGCCUCUUCUUAGUAACAGGUGAGCCAGUCGCUGCAGCAGGGCCUCUUCUUAGUAACAGGUGAGCCAGUCCGCUGCAGCAGGGCCUCUUCUUAGUAACAGGUGAGCCAGUCGCUGCAGCAGGGCCUCUUCUUAGUAACAGGUGAGCCAGUCGCUGCAGCAGGGCCUCUUCUUAGUAACAGGUGAGCCAGUCGCUGCAGCAGGGCUUCUUAGUAACAGGUGAGCCAGUCGCUGCAGCAGGGCCUCUUCUUAGUAACAGGUGAGCCAGUCGCUGCAGCAGGGCCUCUUCUUAGUAACAGGUGAGCCAGUCGCUGCAGCAGGGCCUCUUCUUAGUAACAGGUGAGCCAGUCACUGCAGCAGGGCCUCUUCUUAGUAACAGGUGAGCCAGUCGCUGCAGCAGGGCUUCUUAGUAACAGGUGAGCCAGUCGCUGCAGCAGGGCCUCUUCUUAGUAACAGGUGAGCCAGUCGCUGCAGCAGGGCCUCUUCUUAGUAACAGGUGAGCCAGUCGCUGCAGCAGGGCCUCUUCUUAGUAACAGGUGAGCCAGUCGCUGCAGCAGGGCUUCUUAGUAACAGGUGAGCCAGUCGCUGCAGCAGGGCCUCUUCUUAGUAACAGGUGAGCCAGUCGCUGCAGCAGGGCCUCUUCUUAGUAACAGGUGAGCCAGUCGCUGCAGCAGGGCCUCUUCUUAGUAACAGGUGAGCCAGUCGCUGCAGCUGCUCUUCUUAGUAACAGGUGAGCCAGUCGCUGCAGCUGCUCUUCUUAGUAACAGGUGAGCCAGUCGCUGCAGCAGGGCCUCUUCUUAGUAACAGGUGAGCCAGUCGCUGCAGCAGCUCUUCUUAGUAACAGGUGAGCCAGUCGCUGCAGCAGCUCUUCUUAGUAACAGGUGAGCCAGUCGCUGCAGCAGGGCCUCUUCUUAGUAACAGGUGAGCCAGUCGCUGCAGCAGCUCUUCUUAGUAACAGGUGAGCCAGUCGCUGCAGCAGCUCUUCUUAGUAACAGGUGAGCCAGUCACUGCAGCAGGGCCUCUUCUUAGUAACAGGUGAGCCAGUCGCUGCAGCAGGGCCUCUUCUUAGUAACAGGUGAGCCAGUCACUGCAGCAGGGCCUCUUCUUAGUAACAGGUGAGCCAGUCUCUGCAGCAGGGCCUCUUCUUAGUAACAGGUGAGCCAGUCGCUGCAGCAGGGCCUCUUCUUAGUAACAGGUGAGCCAGUCGCUGCAGCAGGGCCUCUUCUUAGUAACAGGUGAGCCAGUCGCUGCAGCAGGGCCUCUUCUUAGUAACAGGUGAGCCAGUCGCUGCAGCAGGGCCUCUUCUUAGUAACAGGUGAGCCAGUCGCUGCAGCAGGGCCUCUUCUUAGUAGCAGCAGGGCCUCUUCUUAGUAACAGGUGAGCCAGUCGCUGCAGCUGCUCUUCUUAGUAACAGGUGAGCCAGUCGCUGCAGCAGGGCCUCUUAUUAGUAACAGGUGAGCCAGUCGCUGCAGCAGGGCCUCUUCUUAGUAACAGGUGAGCCAGUCGCUGCAGCAGGGCCUCUUCUUAGUAACAGGUGAGCCAGCCAGUCAGCAGCUCUUCACCAAAAGAGGAAAGGUGCCACUUUGUUUUGUAAAACUGUAUAAAUAUAGAAGGGAGUAGCAGGAAGAGGUUAGUUAGUUAGUUAGUUAGAUGAGUUAGUUAACCAGGCUGGUUAGCCAUGACCCUGACAUCUGUGAAGGGCACGACACAAACUACCCAGUGUCUCUCUCUGUAGUGUCUCAUCGGGCCCCAGUGUCUCUCUCUCUCUGUAGUGUCUCAUAGGGCCCCAGUGUCUCUCUCGCUCUCUGUAGUGUCUCAUAGGGCCCCAGUGUCUCUCUCUCUGUAGUGUCUCAUAGGGCCCCAGUGUCUCUCUAUCUGUAGUGUCUCAUAGGGCCCCAGUGUCUCUCUCGCUCUCUGUAGUGUCUCAUAGGGCCCCAGUGUCUCUCUCUCUGUAGUGUCUCAUAGGGCCCCAGUGUCUCUCUCUCUCUCUGUAGUGUCUCAUCGGGCCCCAGUGUCUCUCUCUCUGUAGUGUCUCAUAGGGCCCCAGUGUCUCUCUCUCUCUGUAGUGUCUCAUCAGGCCCCAGUGUCUCUCUCUCUGUAGUGUCUCAUCAGGCCCCAGUGUCUCUCUCUCUGUAGUGUCUCAUCAGGCCCCAGUGUCUCUCUCUCUGUGGUGUCUCAUAGGGCCCCAGUGUCUCUCUCUCUCUGUAGUGUCUCAUCAGGCCCCAGUGUCUCUCUCUCUCUCUCGUGUCUCAUCAGGCCCCAGUGUCUCUCUCUCUCUGUAGUGUCUCAUCAGGCCCCAGUGUCUCUCUCUCUCUGUAGUGUCUCAUCAGGCCCCAGUGUCUCUCUCUCUCGUGUCUCAUCAGGCCCCAGUGUCUCUCUCUCUGUAGUGUCUCAUCAGGCCCCAGUGUCUCUCUCUCUCUGUAGUGUCUCAUCAGGCCCCAGUGUCUCUCUCUCUGUAGUGUCUCAUCAGGCCCCAGUGUCUCUCUCUCUGUGGUGUCUCAUAGGGCCCCAGUGUCUCUCUCUCUCUGUAGUGUCUCAUCGGGCCCCAGUGUCUCUCUCUCUCUCUCGUGUCUCAUCGGGCCCCAGUGUCUCUCUCUCUCUCUCGUGUCUCAAAGAGCCGAGCCCAAACAUCAAACCUUUCGACUGCUGCUGCCAGAACAUGAGAGAACCAGACUCUUGCUCCAAAACAUUUUGUUCUCAGGAAUUUGUUGCUCUAGUAAAAAAUCCCAGCUUUCUAUCCCCCGUGUUGCUGUAAUUCUACAUUUUACAGGAUUUGAUGUUGUAGAGUUUUAUAUUAUGAACCCCUUUGUCUCCUCCUCCUCAUUAGCAUACAGAAUUAAACAAUCAAUCAGUAUAUUUAAAUACCUUCUAACCUCAUUCAUCCAUCGUUCUCUCUCUUACCUGUCUUUUUAUCUCUCUCUCUCCCCCUUUCACCUCUCUCUGCCUCCCCUCCCCCAGGGUGAACACGUGUCCUAACAGCUGUUCUGGCCGAGGGGAGUGUCGCGUUGGGAACUCAACAGGUGCUGUGUAUUGUGACUGUGAUCCCAACUGGAAGGGCGAGGCCUGUGAUAUCCCAUACUGCCUGUCAGACUGUGGAUGGCCUGACGGGGGACACUGCUCUCAGGACACAAAGACAUGUCGAUGCCAGCCUGGGUGGCAAGGUGGGCACAGUCUCUAUCUAACAACAAGCCUGGUGGGCACGGUCUCUAUCUAACAACAAGCCUGGUGGGCACGGUCUCUAUCUAACAACAAGCCUGGUGGGCACGGUCUCUAUCUAACAACAAGCCUGGUGGGCACAGUCUCUAUCUAACAACAAGCCCGUAUUCAAUAAUCAUUUCAGAGUAUUUAUGCUGAUCUAGUCUUCCCCCAGUCAAUAUAAUCUGAUCUAAAAGUCCAAACGGAUCCUAGAUCAGAGCUCUUACCCUCAGCCACUAAUGUUAUUGACCUCUAUAACCAAACUGUGCAUUUUCUGAUUGUAUUCCACAUAUAUGAGACUCAUCACAUUGUCUAUGACCUUCUACAUAUAAGAGACUCAUCACGUUCUCUAUGACCUUCUACAUAUGAGAGACUCAUCACGUUCUCUAUGACCUGGAUCUAUUCAUCCUGGAACGGUUUAAUCCCAGCACAAGGCAAAAACAAAUAAUACAUCACUAUUAACUAGCUGUUAUUGGCCCUCUGUUUUUAUCAUUAGUUUCUCUCACUCUUUCUCUCACUCUGUUUUUAUCAUUAGUUUCUCACUCUCUCGCCUCUCUUUGUUGAAGAACCUUUGGCAGCGAUUACUGCCUUGAGUCUUCUUGGGUAUGAUGCUACAAGCUUGGCACACCUGUAUUUGGGGAGUUUCUCCCAUUCUUCUCUGCAGAUCCUCUCAAGCUCUGUCAGGUUGGAUGGGGAGCGUCGCUGCACAGCUAUUUUCAGGUCUCUCCAGAGAUGUUCGAUCGGGUUCAAGUCCGGGCUCUGGCUGGGCCACUCAAGGACAUUCAGAGACUUGUCCCAAAGCCACUCCUGCAUUGUCUUGGCGGGUCGUUGUCCUGUUGGAAGGUGAACCGUCGCCCCAGUCCGAGGUCCUGAGCACUCUGGAGCAGGUUUUCAUCAAGGAUCUCUCUGUACUUUGCUCCGUUCAUCUUUCCCUUGAUCCUGACUAGUCUCCCAGUCCCUGCCACUGAAAAAUAUCCCCACAGCAUGAUGCUGCCACCACCAUGCUUCACCGUAGGGAUGGUGCCAGGUUUCCUCCAGACGUGACGCUUGGCAUUCAGGCCUAAGAGUUCAAUCUGGUUUCAUCAGACCAGAGACUCUUGUUUCUCAUGGUCAGAGUCCUUUAGGUGCCUUUUGGCAAACUCCAAGUGGGCUGUCAUGUGCCUUUUACUGAGGAGUGGCUUCCGUCUGGCCACUCUACCAUAAAGGCCUGAUUGGUGGAGUGCUGUAGAGAUGUUUGUCCUUCUGGAAGGUUCUCAAAUCUCCACAGAGGAACUAUGGUGCUCUGUCAGAGUGACCAUCAGGUUCUUGGUCACCUCCCUGACCAAGGCCCAUCUCCCCCGAUUGCUCAGUUUGGCCGGUUCCAAACUUGGUGGUUCCAAACUUCUUCCAUUUAAGAAUGAUGGAGGCCACUGUGUUCUUGGGGACCUUCAAUGCUUCAGAAAUGUUUUGGUACCCUUCCCCAUAUCUGUGCCUCGACACAAUCCUGUCUCGGAGCUCUAUGGACAAUUCCUUCGACCUCAUGGCUUGGUUUUUGCUCUGACAUGUACUGUCAACUGUGGGACCUUAUAUUGACAGGUGUGUGCCUUUCCAAGUCAUGUCCAAUCAAUUCAAUUUACCACAGGUGGACUCCAAUCAAGUUGUAGAAACAUCUCAAGGAUGAUCAAUGGAAACAGGCUGCACCUGAGCUCAAUUUCGAGUCUCAUAGCAAAGGGUCUGAAUACUUAUGUAAAUAAGGUAUUUCUGUUUAUUUGUAAUACAUUUGCAAAACAUUCUAAAAACCUUUUUUUGCGUUGUCAGUAUGGGGUAUUGUGUGUAGAUUGCUAAGGAUUUUUUGUUAUUUAAUCCAUUUUAGAAUAAGGCUGUAACGUAUCAAAGUGGAAGAAGUCAAGGGGUCUGAAUACUUUCCGAAGGCACUGUACAUGUACAAAUUACCUCCACUAACCUGUACCCCUGCACAUUGACUCGGUACCGGUACCCCUGUAUAUAGCCUCGUUAUUGUAUUGUGUUACUUUUUAUUAAUUUUUACUUUAGUUUAUUUGGUAAAUAUUUUCUUGACUCUUUCUUGAACUGCAUUGUUGGUUAAGGGCUUGUCAGUAAGCAUUUCACUGUAAUGUCUACACCUGUUGUAUUCGGCGCAUGUGACAAAUAAAGAUUGAUUAGAUUAGUCUACACUGGUUGUUUACCAUGAUAACAUUUGGAGGCAUUUGUUCGGUUUAUGUAUAAAAUAAAAAAGUACAUACCGGUCGUAACAAAUUAAAUUCCAUAUUUGGUGACUAACAAACGUAUUUUGACAUUAGAAAGCUCACAGUUAAUAGUGUUUAACAUGAUUUAAUGGCUACCUCAUCUCUGUACCCCACACAUACAAUUAUCUGUAAGGUCACUCAGUCGAGCAGUGAGGUUUUCCAAUGCCUCACAAAGAAGGGCACCGAAGUCAUUCAUGUGACAAAAUACAAUUUGAUUUGGUAAAUACAUUUACAUUUACAUUUUAGUCAUUUAGCAGACGCUCUUAUCCAGAGCGACUUACAGUUAAGUUAGUUUUUUUUAUUUUUUAUUUCAUACUGGCCCCCCGUGGGAAUCAAACCCACAACCCUGGCGUUGCAAACACCAUGCUCUACCAACUGAGCUACAUCCCUGCCGGCCAUUCCCUCCCCUACCCUGGACGACGCUGGGCCAAUUGUGCGCCGCCCCAUGGGUCUCCCGGUCGCGGCCGGCUACGACAGAGAGUAGGUGUCCUUUGGGAUGCAAUCAGCUGUUCAUUACACUGGACAAUACUGUGGAGAUAUUAUAGUCAGCUGUUCAUUACACUGGACAAUACUGUGGAGAUAUUAUAGUCAGCUGUUCAUUACACUGGACAAUACUGUGGAGAUAUUAUAGUCAGCUGUUCAUUACACUGAGUUGAAAACAGAAGUAUUUUUUAAAUAUAUUUUUUACCCAAAGUGGAUUUCUGUUUUCUCAUUGAAAAGUGUUUCUUGUUCUCUUGGCCUUCGUCAGAGCUUUUAAACUAAAUAUUAAACCAUCGUUUAAUUUCUGAAUGUGUCGGCACCGGGGACUUGGGAUGUGGCUGCGUUAUUGAUGUCAUGUUAAUCAGGCCUUUUGAUAUGAACAUAUAGUCCCCUGUAGCUCAGUUGGUAGAGCAUGGCGCUUGCAACGCCAGGGUUGUGGGUUCGUUUCCCACGGGGGGCCAGUAUGAAAAUGUAUGCACUCACUAACUGUAAGUCGCUCUGGAUAAGAGCGUCUGCUAAAUGACUAAAAUGUAAAUGGAUUGUUUUAGUUUUGUAGGCUAGUAUACUUAUUUAUUGAAUUAAUGGAUCACGGCUUAGCAGUAAUGCUGAUCUCGUUCCCAAUGAUCAGUGCUUUAGUUUGUUAUGUUGUCCAGUGGUUCUGAAUUUGCACCCGACUUUUUUCUGUGCAAUAGCCUUUUGAUUUGAAAAGUUUUGGUUUGUGUACUAGGCUAUUUUGAUUUAAUUUAAUUUAUACACUACCGGUCAAAAGUUUUAGAUCACCUACUAAUUCAAGGGCUCUUCUCAAUUUUUUACUAUUUUCUACAUUGUAGAAUAAUAGUGAAGACAUCAUAACUUAACAAAACUGAUUGGCUCAAACGCAUUAAGAAGGAAAGAAAUUCCACAAAUUAACUUUUUAAGAAGGCACACCUGUUAAUUGAAAUGCAUUCCAGGUGACUACCUCAUGAAUCUGGUUGAGAGAAUGCCAAGAGUGUGCAAAGCUGUCAUCAAGGCAAAGGGUGGCUAUUUGAAGAAUGUCAAAUAUAAAAUAUAUUUUGAUUUGUUUAACACUUUUUUUGGGGGGUACUAGAUGAUUCCAUAUGUGCUAUUUCAUCGUUUUGAUGUCUUCACUAUUAUUCCACAAUGUAGAAAAUAGUAAAAAUAAAGAAAAACCCUUGAAUGAGUGGGUGUUCUAAAACUUUUGACCAGUAGUGGACGAUACAGCACUUUGGUUUCACUAAUCAUUUGGUUCCAUUUCAAAAUAUGAAUGUGUAUUUAAUUAAAUAUGAUAUAUGGGCUACGGUGUAGGUCGUAAGUGAUAGUCUGCAGAUAACCAGGUUAGUCACUCAUCCAUCUUCUGUCGUCCAUCAGGUCCAGACUGCUCUGUGUCCGUCCCAGCCAGCUCCUCGUUCUGGCAGAGGGAGGAGUACCCCGAGCCAGGUCUGGCCAGGGCUUCCCACAAGGCCGUAGUGGACCAGGGGAUCAUGUGGGUCGUUGGGGGUUACGUCUUCAACUCCUCAGACUACCAGAUGAUUCAAGCGUAAGUACUGCAUUUGUAUUUAUUAUGGAUCCCUGUUCCUGCCAAGUCAGCAGCUACUCUUCCUGGGGUUUAUUAUGGAUCCCCAUUAGUUCCUGCCAAGGCAGCAGCUACUCUUCUUUGGGUUUAUUAUGGAUCCCCAUUAGUUCCUGCCAAGGCAGCAGCUACUCUUCCUGGGGUUUAUUAUGGAUCCCCAUUAGUUCCUGCCAAGGCAGCGGCUACUCUUCUUUGGGUUUAUUAUGGAUCCCCAUUAGUUCCUGCCAAGGCAGCAGCUACUCUUCCUGGGGUUUAUUAUGGAUCCCCAUUAGUUCCUGCCAAGGCAGCAGCUACUCUUCCUGGGGUUUAUUAUGGAUCCCCAUUAGUUCCUGCCAAGGCAGCGGCUACUCUUCUUUGGGUUUAUUAUGGAUCCCCAUUAGUUCCUGCCAAGGCAGCAGCUACUCUUCCUGGGGUUUAUUAUGGAUCCCCAUUAGUUCCUGCCAAGGCAGCAGCUACUCUUCCUGGGGUUUAUUAUGGAUCCCCAUUAGUUCCAGCCAAGGGAGCAGAUACUCUUCCUGGGGUUUAUUAUGGAUCCCCAUUAGUUCCUGCCAAGGCAGCAGCUACUCUUCCUGGGGUUUAUUAUGGAUCCCCAUUAGUUCCUGCCAAGGCAGCAGCUACUCUUCCUGGGGUUUAUUAUGGAUCCCCAUUAGUUCCUGCCAAGGCAGCAGCUACUCUUCCUGGGGUCCAGCAAAAUUAAGGCAUUACAAUACAUUCAUAACAGAUUUCACAACAUAUUAAGUCAAAUUUAUUUAUUAAGCCCUUUUUACAUCAGCAGAUGUCACAAAGUGCUAUACAGAAACCCAGCCUAAAACCCCAAACAGCAGCAAUGCAGAUGUAGAAGCACGGUAAGAGGAAAAACUCCCUAGAAAGGCAGGAACCUAGGAAGAAACCUAGAGAGGAACCAGGCUCUGAGGGGUAGCCAGUCCUCUUCUGGCUGUGCCGGGUGGAGAUUAUAACAGUACAUGGCCAUUAAGGCCAGAUUGUUCUUCAAGAUGUUCAAACGUUCAUAGAUGACCAGCAGGGUGAAAUAAUAAUCAGUGGUUGUAGAGGUUGCAACAGGUCAGUACAUCAGGAGUAAAUGUCAGUUGGCUUUUCAUAGCCGGGGAUUUAGAGGUUGAAAUAGCAGGUGCGGUAGAGAGAGAGAGUUGAAAACAGCAGGUCUGGGACAAGGUAGUACGUCCGGUGAACAGGUCAGGGUUCCAUAGCCGCAGGCAGAAGAGUUGAAACUGGAGCAGCAGCACGACCAGGUGGACUGGGGACAGCCAGGAGUCAUCCGGCCAGGUAGUCCUGAGGCAUGGUCCUAGGGCUCAGGUCCUCUGGGAGGGGAGGGAGAGAGGACCAGGUGGACUGGGGACAGCCAGGAGUCAUCAGGCCAGGUAGUCCUGAGGCAUGGUCCUAGGGCUCAGGUCCUCCGGGAGGGGAGGUUAGAGAGAGAGAGUAUUAGAGGGAGCAUACUUAAAUUCACACAGGACACCGGAUAAGACAGGAGAAUUACACCAGAUAUAACAGACUGACCCUAUUGCAGCAUAGAUACUGGAGGCUGAGACGGGGGGGUCGGGGGACACUGUGGCCCCGUCCGACGAUACCCCGGACAGGGCCAACCAGGCAGGAUAUAACCCCACCCACUUUAUCAAAGCACAGCCCCCCACACCACUAGAGGGAUAUCAACCACCAACUACUACCCUGAGACAAGGCUGAGUAUAGACCACAACCUACUACCCUGAGACAAGGCUGAGUAUAGCCCACGAAGAUCUCCUCCACUGCACAACCCCAAGGGGGCGACAAACCUGUCAGGAAGAUCACGUCAGUGACUCAACCCACUCAAGUGAUGCACCCCUCCUAGGGACGGCAUGGAAGAGCACUAGUAAGCCAGUGACUCAGCCCCCGUAACAGGGUCAAAGGCAGAGGGGAGCCGGCCAGGCAGAGACAGCAAGGGCGGUUCGUCGCUCCAGUGCCUUUCUGUUCAUCCUUCGCACCCCUGGGCCAGACUACACUCAAUCAUAGGACCUACUGAAGAGAUGAGUCUUCAGUAAAGACUUAAAGGUCGACACCGAGUCUGCAUCUCUCGCAUGGAUAGGCAGACCAUUCCAUAAAAAUUGAACCCUGAGACAAGGCUGAGUGUAGCCCACGAAGAUCUCCUAGUUCUAAUGUAUCCAUGACAUUCACGAUUUCCUUAAAGCAUGAGGGUGAUUGUUUGUGUUGUGAUUUCCUUUACGGUCCGUUGAGCUAUUUAAAACGGUAUUAUAAUCUCCCCACCAUAAUAAUAGUCUUGAAUUGCUUGCAGGGUUGAUCAUUUAUUAUAUAUAUUGUAAAAGAAGUGUGGAUCGUCAUUAUUUGGUCCGUAAAGGUGAAUGAGCCAUAUCUGUUUAUGGUCCAAUAACAUAUUUAAAAAUAAUCCAUCUACCUUGUGUAUCUAUUUGGACAAUUUGCACAUUCGGAUCGAAAUUACUGUUAAUUAAUAUCAUCACCCAUUUUGAGUUUCUUAGCCCAUGGGAGAAGUGUAUUUCGUCCCCCCAUUCCUUUUUCCAUGCAACUUCAUCUAGAAUUGUUGAAUGAGUUUCCUGUAAACAAUAGAUAUUAUAUUCCUUCUCUUUGAGCCAGGUAAAUAUUGUUCUUCUUUUGUUAUUAUCAGCUAAGCCAUUACAAUUAUAACUGGCUAUACUUAUUUCACCAUAUACCAUAAUGAGAUACAAGUUUCAAAACGAUUUAUCAUUAUAUAUGUUUGUAAAUGUACCCAUAAAAAAUACCAUAGUUAUUGAGUGUCCAUAUAGCUGUACCAUGAUAUUCGCAUUGCUAACCCUCCAAUUGUUCUCCAGUAAUUCCCCCGCUAAAGCCCCUCCCCAUCCCAAGGCCGUCAUCCCAGUGAUCAGCAUCCCACCCACGUCCCUCCGUAUCCCUAAGGCCCCGAGAGGCCAGGACCCAUCCAUCGAAAACAGCACACAGUGCCACCCACAAAACAGAAGCAGGUUAACCACCAAAAGCAUUUCCAAUGCUCUCACCUCAAUAUGGGGAGAACAAGUAUUUGAUACACUGCCGAUUUUGCAGGUUUUCCUACUUACAAAGCAUGUAGAGGUCUGUAAUUUUUAUCAUAGGUACACUUCAACUGUGAGAGACGGAAUCUAAAACUAAAAUCCAGAAAAUCACAUUGUAUGAUUUUUAAGUAAUUCAUUUGCAUUUUAUUGCAUGACAUAAGUAUUGUAUGUUAACGUGGGCUAUUUUUAGUACUUUUCUGGGACACUUGCUUGUUUUCAUUGCUUUAUUGCUUUAUUGGAGAUCUUAGCCGAAGUAGACAUGCUCAUGUUCUUUAUGUUAGUGCAGGGUGAGCUGCACACAGUGGACUUCCUACUAGGGCACACCACCUCAAUGCUAACAGUAUAAAUCUGGUUCAUAUGCACCACAUUACUAAAUACAAUAGCUGUAGGAUCAGCAGAGGCAUUCAGGGCAGUUAGAGGGACAUCAAUUAGGUUACUUACAUUGUGUCUUCCAACGCCCCUGGGAUAAUGUACAUUUGCUGAAGCGUUAUGACAACUCAGCGACACAAUAGUAGGGAUUAAAUGAGCUGGGCUUUGGGUCAUUGAUAAGUCAUUGUCUCAACACAGCUUUAUAAUGCUGUGAAAACGAUUGAGGAACCCAAAUGAUUUGGUUGGAUCCCAUCCUCAGAAAACAAGCUUUGUUUCCAGAAGGUUCCAAAAUUGUCAAUUAAUGUUAGACCCACAGAGCUGCAAUAAUCACGUAGCCAGUUGUGAAGAGAGAGAAUCCUGCUAAAGCGUUCAACGCCAUGAUUCAGAGAGGGCACAGGGCAAGAUAUUAUUUUAUUCGUGUCUAGCAGAGAGUCAAUCAGCUCUUUAAAAUCCAGUUUCAACUGUUCAGAGCUGCCCUUCAUUAUGUCAUUAAAACCCACAUGGACUACGAUAGAAUCGAUUUCCACGUCCUGACGUAGUACAUUCAGGAGCAGCUUAGUAAUGUCAUUUACUCGAGCUCCGGGACAGGACAUUGUUUUUGCACCAGGAACGGUCACAUUUUUUAGUUAGUUAUUGAGGGCUAAAAGUCUUGUGAAGAGAAAGAAUCUUGCUAAAGCGUUCAACGCCAUGAUUCAGAGAGGGCACAGGGCCAGAUAUGAUGCCAUGAUUCAGAGAGGGCACAGGGCCAGAUAUGAUGCCAUGAUUCAGAGAGGGCACAGGGCCAGAUAUGAUGCCAUGAUUCAGAGAGGGCACAGGGCCAGAUAUGAUGCCACGAUUCAGAUAUGAUGGGUCUUUUAUUAGUGUCUAGCAGAGAGUCAGCUCGUUGAAAUCCAGUUUCAACUGUUCAGAGCUGCCCUUCAUAAUGUUAUUGAGCCCCCUGCUCCCGGUGAUAGGUCCAGACCUCCCACAGCAGGCAGUGCCCCGUCAGAUCCAGAGAGAGGGAAAGGAGCCAAAAUUGACGACGAAGCCGCUGCUGGAGUCAGCGUAGUUGGAGUCAGCACCGCCGUCCCAGACACAGGCAGUCCCAGACACAGGCAGUCCCAGACACAGGCAGUCCCAGACACAGGCAGUCCCAGACACAGGCAGUCCCAGACACAGGCAGUCCCAGUGAUGAAGGCGCAGGUAGAUCAGGCACCAGUGCAGUGAAGCUAUUCCUCAUGUCAAUCUGCUCCGAACCUCUCGCUGUUACUCCAGUCCGCUUAGCAGCAUGCCGCUGCCUUCGGUUUCCACGACUUGUGACAUGGGACCAGCACUGAUUGGAACAUUCUUCUUGCUGUUCUCAUUACAAGAUGGCGGAGGAGAACAGAUGGAGACAACUUGGCAGGGAAGUUCCAGGUAGCAUCGGCCAUUCGGAUAGGGACAGACGACAAUUCGUGGAAACAUCCAUUUGGCCCGAGCGGCGUCCUGCCGUAGUAGUUGAGAACGAGAAAGUUCCAAUUUGCGUUUUCCCCAUAAAUUCGUGCAGAAUUUAGGUUUGUUUGCUAAGCAUAGCCACCUCAUUCCUGUAGUCCUCCGCUAGCAAACAAUUGCCACAUUGGAACUCCGGAUUGUUAAUAUUUUCCCGGACAAGAGCGUAAUAAACACAGCUUCUACAGCUCUGGAAACGUUUGUUAGCUAUUCCAGGCAAAGCGGGCUCCAUUAUAACCUGGUUAGCUAGCCUUCUACAGCGCUGGAAACGUUUGUUAGCUAUUCCAGGCAAAGCGGGCUCCAUUAUAACCUGGUUAGCUAGCCUUCUACAGCGCUGGAAACGUUUGUUAGCUAUUCCCAGGCCAAAGCGGGGCUCCAUUAUAACCUGGUUAGCUAGCCUUCUGUCUACAGCGACUGGAAAUGUUUGUUAGCUAUUCCAGGCAAGCGGGCCUCCAUUCACAAACCUGGUUAGCUAGCCUUCUACAGCUUCUGGAAACGUCCUGGUUAGCUAUUCCAUGGGCCAAAGCGGGCUCCAUUACAAACCUGGUUAGCUAGCCUUCUACAAAGCGCUGGUGGAAAACGUACUGUUAGCUAUCCAUCCAGACAUAGCGGGCUCCAUUACAACCUGGUUUAGCAAGAGCCUUCUACAGCGGCUGGAAACGUCUGUAUGCGAAUUCCAGAUGCAAAGCGGGCUCCAUUACAACCUGGUUAGGCUAGCCUUCUACAAAAGCGCUGGAAACGGUUGGUUAGCUAUUCCAGGCAUAGCGGGCUCCAUUACAACCUGGUUAGAGCUAGCCUUCUACAGCGCUGGAAACGUCUGUUAGCUAUUCCAGCAAAGCGGGCUCCAUUACACCUGGUUAGCUAGCCUUCUACAGCUCUGGAACACGUCUGUUAGCUAUUCCAGGCAAAGCGGCUCCAUUACAACCUGGUUAAGCUAGCCUUCUACAGCGCUUGGAGACGUUUGUUAGCUAUUCCAGGCAUAGCGGGCUCCAUUACAACCUGGUUAGCUUAGCCCUUCUACAGCUCUGGAAACGUUUGUUAGCUAUUCCAGGCAAAGCGGGCUCCAUUACAACCUGGUUAGCUAGCCUUCUACAGCUCUGGAAACGUCUGUUAGCUAUUCCAGGCAAAGCGGGCUCCAUUACAACCUGGUUAGCUAGCCUUCUACAGCGCUGGAAACGUUUGUUAGCUAUUCCAGGCAAAGCGGGCUCCAUUAUAACCUGGUUAGCUAGCCUUCUACAGCGCUGGAAACGUUUGUUAGCUAUUCCAGGCAAAGCGGGCUCCAUUAUAACCUGGUUAGCUAGCCUUCUACAGCGCUGGAAACGUCUGUUAGCUAUUCCAGGCAACGCGGGCUCCAUUACAACCUGGUUAGCUAGCCUUCUACAGCGCUGGAAAUGUUUGUUAGCUAUUCCAGACAAAGCGGGCUCCAUUACAACCUGGUUAGCUAGCCUUCUACAACAGCGCUGGAAACGUCUGUUAGCUAUUCCAGACAAAGCGUGGCUCCAUUACAACACCUGGUUAGCUAGCCUUCUACAUGCGCUGGAAACGUUUGGUUAGCUAUUCCAGACAAAGCGGGGCUCCAUUACAACCUGGUUAGCUAGCCUUCUACAGCGCUGGAAACGUCUGUUAGCUAUUCCAGACAAAGCGGGCUCCAUUACAACCUGGUUAGCUAGCCUUCUACAGCGCUGGAAACGUCUGUUAGCUAUUCCAGACAAAGCGGGCUCCAUUACAACCAGGUUAGCUAGCCUUCUACAGCGCUGGAAACGUUGUUAGCUAUUCCAGGCAAAGCGGGCUCCAUUAUAACCUGGUUAGCUAGCCUUCUACCAGCGCUGGAAACGUUUGUUAGCUAUUCCAGGCAAAGCGGGCUCCAUUAUAACCUGGUUAGCUAGCCUUCUACAGCGCUGGAAAACGUUUGUUAGCUAUUCCAGGCAAAGCGGGCUCCAUUUAUAACCUGGUUUAGCUAGCCUUCUACAGCGCUGGAAACGUUUUGUUAGCUAUUCCAGGCAAAGCGGGCUCCAUUAUAACCUGGUUAGCUAGCCUUCUACAGCGCUGGAAACGUUUGUUAGCUAUUCCAGGCAAAGCGGGCUCCAUUAUAACCUGGUUAGCUAGCCUUCUACAGCGCUGGAAACGUUUGUUAGCUAUUCCAGGCAAAGCGGGCUCCAUUACAACCUGGUUAGCUAGCCUUCUACAGCGCUGGAGACGUUUGUUAGCUAUUCCAGGCAAGCGGGCUCCAUUACAACCUGGUUAGCUAGCCUUCUACAGCGCUGGAGACGUUUGUUAGCUAUUCCAGGCAAAGCGGGCUGCCAUUACAAACCUGGUUAGCUAGCCUUCUACAGCGCUGGGACGUUUUGUUAGCUAUUCCAGGCAAAGCGGGCUCCCAUUACAACCUGGUUAGCUAGCCUUCUACAGCGCUGGAAACGUUUGUUAGCUAUUCCAGGCACAAGCGGGGCUUCCAUUACAACCUGGUUUAGCUAGCCUUUUACAGCUCUGGAAACGUCUGUUAGCUAUUCCGGCGAAACGGGCUCCAUUAAACCGGGUUCUAGCCCUUUUACAAGCUGGAGACGUUUUUUUAGCUAUUUCCAGGCAAAGCGGGGUCCAUUAAACCCGGUUGCCCACCCUUUUAAGCUUGGAAAAGUUUGUUGCUAUCCAGGCAAGGGGGGGUCCAUUUUUAACUGGUUUUUGCUAGCCUUCUAAAAAAAGCGCUGGGAAAAGUCUUUUUGCUAUUCCCGACAAAACGGGCUCCAUUUCAAACCCUUUUAGCUAGCCUUCUAAUUAAAGGGGAACGUUUUUUUAAUUUUCCCGGCAAACGGCUCCAUUGCAAACCCGGUUAGCAGCCUUUACACCUUUGGAAACGUUUUUAGUAUUCCAGGGGAAACGGGCUCCUUGCAACCGGUUGUAGCCUUUACACUCUGGAAAAAGGGUUGUUAGCUACCAGGGAAAACGGGCUCCUUGAAAAGGUUAGCUAGCCUUCUAAGCUCGGGGAAAAGUUUUUGGGGUUUCCCCGGAAAGCGGGCUCCAUUGCAACCUGGUUAGCUAGCCUUCUACAGCGCUGGAAACGUCUGUUAGCUAUUCCAGGCAAAGCGGGCUCCAUUGCAACCUGGUUAGCUAGCCUUCUACAGCGCUGGAAACGUUUGUUAGCUAUUCCAGGCAAAGCGGGCUCCAUUGCAACCUGGUUAGCUAGCUGGCUAGUUGGCAGCAGGUGUUGACACAAACACUUACGACAUUAAUUUAAAAAAUAAAACUAAGUAAAACUGGACAUCAUGACAUCACAUAUUAGCUGUGUGUAUAUUAAAUACCAGUUCUGUACUAGGACAGUUUUUCCUAUCCGGCUUGAAGGACCAUGGAAAAACAAUAUCCCCUUAUCAGUGGCCUCUGAAAGAGGUGCCGGUUUUCAGUCCUGUAUGUCAACGACUGGGUUAAUCCUGGUCCUGGACUAAAAAGAGAACUCAAUGGAGAAUCAUAUUUUAAGUCCAGGAUUAGGAUUAUCUGUGUCCAGGAAUCCGACCAAUGUGACCAAACCGCUACCCGGUCCUGCCUUUUGAUGCUCAGUGGUCCGGAACUUCUCUCUCUCUCUCUCUCUCUCUCUCUCUCUCUCCUCCCAGGUAUAACCUCAGCUCCCAUCGCUGGCUGUCCCUCAACCGCUCUGUCAACGCAGUCAUGGGA